GCCGCGCCCCGGGGCCCGCAGCCAAUCGGCGCUCCCGAGGGCUGCGCGCGCCGCCCGCGGCCGCCAUCUUGUGGGAGGGCAGAGGCGAAGGGCAGAGCGCGGUGGGGACGGCGGCGGCGGCCCAGGACAAGCAGCCAUGGCUGGCCAUGACUCGGGAUCUCAACACCAGUUCACUGGAUUUCAGAAGUACUUCAAUUCCUAUACCCUGAUAGGCAGGAGGAAUUAUGUAAUAGCAACGUACACAAGUGUUGCACUCCUUAUCUUGUAUUUCAAGUUUAGGCCUAAGAAGCAAGCUCCUGCUGUGACAGAUAAGUGUGACUGAUGUUCCAAGUGACAGGUUCCUGGCAUGUCUGAACCCCUAAUCUGUGUCAGUGUAAUGCAGACUGAUGACCUGUUGUGGCUAAUAAAAUAUCAAUAAUUACUUGUUUUAUUUGAAGUAUGAAAUGGUCCAAAAAAGCCAGAGUGUGGUACUUCUCAUUUUUCCUCCUUUGUCAAAUAUAGUUGCUUGUAGCAGA